GGACGUCCACCAGGUCCAAUGGGGUACGUCGCUGACGCACGACGCAGCAACUCGGGCCAAUGGAGUCCGUGUGUAGGCGGGCCUUUUCUCCCUCUAUUCUGAUUGAAUCGGUCCAGUUUCUAUUACUUAGUCGAGCGGAGGAGCAGGAAGAACGGGGAAAUCUUAUAACCAAACGGUAUAACUGUGGGAUCUGGCCGCUCGCUGCUCCGUUAUGGCAGAUGCGGAAUGAUCUGAGCGGCAGCCCGACGCGCCAAAUCGUGACGGUCUCAUUGUCUGCAAUGCCUGAAUCUUACCAGGCUGCAUUUUCAAGGAUGCAUCAGAGGAUAACUGCGCAGGGAUGCCUCCGCUGAGCAUGGGCAAACAGGGCGUCUGUAACAAUGAUGAAAGCUUCUUCUUUUUUGUUUUGAACACGGGCCACCCACAGAAUCACUGCAACGCUGUGGACAACUUAAACGCUCCUCUCAUUCAUCGUUCCUAUGAAGAACAUUGCGCAGUGCAGUGAAAACGGGAUAUCGUGUUGUGGAUUUCGAAUUGGUGGUGAAUAUAUUGCCUAAUCAGCUGGCAUUCAAAUCGGUAUCAGUUCCCAGUAUAUGGUGUAUACAUCCUACAGAGCGUGCUGGUACACUGUCAAUGUAAGGAACUUUGUCCAGUGGUGAGAGCCACUCUCCGAGGGUACAGAUGAGAGGCAAACAAUAUCAUCAACCACUGAAGUUGACAGCGCCUUGGGAGAAGGAUGCUGGCUUUGGGAGGAAGCUUAAAACCUACAGGAAUCAUACCAAGAUAAUAGCACAGCCAGGGAUCGUGAUGAAAGUCCUCCGCAGGAAGAGGAUUGUGUUAUUUAUGGCCUAUUUCUUACUGCUGGUCCUGACUAUGCUUAACUUGGCUAAUUAUAAAUGGACUAAAGAGCCACAGCAGUGUAAUCAUCAGAUGAGGAGCACCACUUAUCAGAGCAGAUCUGACAUUCGCUUCCUAUACAGGCCCUCUCUCGCUAAAAAGAGACAGCUUAUCUAUGUCCUGACCACCUGGAGGUCGGGCUCGUCCUUUUUUGGGGAGCUUUUUAACCAAAAUCCGGAAGUGUUCUUCUUGUAUGAGCCAAUGUGGCACAUCUGGCAGAAACUGUACCCUGGUGAUGCCGUGUCUUUACAAGGGGCAGCCAGGGACAUGCUUAGCUCCUUAUACCGCUGUGAUCUCUCUGUUUUCCAGCUUUACAACAGCCCCGGGGGCAAGAAUUUUACCUCUCUAGGACUAUUUGGGGCCACCCUCAAUAAAGUCGUGUGCUCAUAUCCCCUCUGCUCAGCCUACAGGAAAGAGGUGGUGGGGAUGGUAGAUGACAAGGUGUGUAAAAAGUGCCCCCCUCAGAGCCUUAGACUGUUGGAGGAGGAGUGCCUCAAAUAUAACACCAUAGUCAUUAAAGGGGUACGCAUUUUGGACGUAAACGUGUUGGCCCCGCUCAUGGAGGAUCCAUCCUUGGAUUUGAAGGUGAUACACCUAGUAAGAGACCCGCGGGCAGUGGCCAACUCCAGGAUCAAAUCCAGACACGGUCUGAUAAGGGAGAAUUUACAGGUGGUCCGCAGCAGGGACCCUAAACUUCGCCGGAUACCUUUUGUGGAUCCUGGUCACAAAGCCAACAAGAAGGAUGGCUCAGACUACCACUCCAUAGGAGCCAUGGAGGUGAUCUGUGACCGCACCUCCAGGACUUUGAGGACUGCCUUAAACCCACCCAGCUGGCUGAAGGGGAAGUACAUGGCUGUGCGGUACGAGGACCUGGUGGAGAACCCGGUUAAGACCUUGCGGAACAUCUACCGCUUUGCCAACCUGACCACCAACCAUGACAUUGAGUCGUUUGCGCUGAACAUGACCAGUGGCUCCAGCUCCUCCUCUAAGCCAUUCAUAGUCUCAUCCAGGAAUGCCACACAAGCUGCUAGUGCAUGGAGAACAGUGCUCAGCAUUCAACAGAUCAAACAAGUAGAGGACUACUGUCACCAUGCCAUGUCUGUUCUAGGGUAUGAAAGAGUCCGAACAGCCGGGGAGGCUAAGGACUUGAGCAAAUCACUGCUGACACACUCCAAACUGUGAAAACAUCCGCACCACCAAAGACCUUCUAAUUUAAUGUUCAUUUUGCAUCGAGUGCCGUUUCCUCUUAUUGUGGAAUUAAAGCUUUACUUUGAAUCAGUGUUUGAGGAGAUCCGCUGGCCACAUUUGGAAUGUAUCAUGUUUCUCUCAGUUGAAUUGCAGUGGUAUUUGAAGGGACCACUUCUUUUAUACUGGAAUACUUGGAUGUGUUUGACAAUGCAAGGCCUACGAACAAUGACUUGAAUAGUGAAGCUGCAACUAUGGAAAAAAAAAAAACAAAACAAAAACGAACAACUGUAUAAUUCAUGUAUCUUGUUAUGAUGACACUACAAAGUGGAUGUUUUGGGGUUAUUUUUGAAUGUUCAAAAUCUUACAAAAAAUAUGUUUUUCCAGUCUCCAUUCUGUCUGUACAAGUGAAAAUAGUGGAUGAAAGAAAAACAAAAAAACAAAAAACAAAGAACAACUGGUAAAAAAAAAAGAUGCUAAUGUUUAUUUGUAAGAUCUGGUUGAAGUCAGAGACAAUCAAUAAAUUGGUUUGUUGAUGUGCCAUAGGUAGAGGUGUGAUGAAUAGGCUACAUCAGAACAGCAUUAAUUGUUAUCGAUUUCUAGAUUUAAAAAAAAAAAAAAAAGGGGGAUGUUCUGAUUUUUGUCACCAAAU